AUGUCACCUGCACCGCGAAUUCUAGCUUCGGCUAAGCGAUGGUCAUUCAAGAAAAAGUUUAUCGUGUACGGUGUGUCAACUGUCCUUGUUGGAAGCGGAGUUGCUAAAUGCUGUUUUAUCGACUCAUUCGAAGACAUGAAACAACUCGGACUCUUGCGGUUCGGCAGGGCUGCUGUUGCAGUGACGCAGAUCGUUGUGGAUUAUAAGUUAUCGCUUCUCGGACUCCGUGAUUCAUCCGAGGAGUACAAUAAAGCAAUUAAAGAGUGCCAUAAGAGGAGCGCAUUACGUCUUCUCGAGUUGGCUUGCGCUAAUGGUGGUGUAUUUAUUAAGGUAGGCCAACAUUUGUCUGCUAUGGAAUUCCUAAUCCCCACCGAAUAUACAACAACUCUGUCCAUAUUGACUUCGAAAGCUCCUGAGGCAUCGUAUGAAGAUGUUGUAUACGUUGUGGAGUCUCAGUUAGGAAGGAAGAUUUCUGAUGUGUUCUCGGAAUUUGCUGUCAAGCCUGUUGGGGCUGCUAGCCUAGCCCAGGUGCACAUUGCUAAACUAAAGGGUAUUGAUCAAAUGGUCGCUGUGAAAGUGCAACAUCGUAGAGUGCUCAAGAAUAGUCGUACCGAUAUUAAUACUAUGGAUUUCCUCGUUAAAAUCGCCGACAAAGUGUUCCCGGAGUUCAAACUUAUGUGGCUAGUUGAGGAAGUGAAGAAAAACUUGCCUCGAGAACUUGAUUUUAUCUUGGAAGGAAAGAAUGCUGAUCGAUUGGCGGAGAUGUUUGAUCAUCUUAAAUUUCUUAAAAUUCCAAAAAUCUACUACGAGUACAGCACACCUCGUUUACUUACGAUGGAAUUUUGUGAAGGUGCACAUAUCGACGAUAUAGAUUACAUGAUAAGGAAUCAUAUCAACAGACACGAUGUUUGUCGAAAGAUGGGCAGACUUUAUUCGGAGAUGAUUUUCAUUAAUGGUUAUCUGCACUCAGAUCCUCAUCCCGGUAAUGUGCUAGUGAAUAAGAAGAGUAGUGGUGAAGUUGACAUCGUGUUGCUGGACCACGGGCUUUACUUGAAUAUAGAUGAUCGCUUCAGAAGUCUUUACACCGAUCUGUGGCUCGCCCUGCUAGGACCUGACCCAGAUAAGCUCCGGAGUGUCGCUAUAGAAAUGGGAGUUGGCGAGCUUUAUGGAUUGUUAGCGUGUAUUGUUUCUCGAAGAACAUGGCAGGCAGUAUCUCAGGGUAUCAAAAAUAAAAAGAUGGAUAGUCAUGAAAGGAGCGAGCUUCGGCUUUAUGCCGCAUCACUGAUCCCUCAGAUCAGUGAAUUAUUGCACCGAAUGCCACGAGAAAUGCUGCUUAUUUUAAAGACUAAUGAUUUGCUGAGGAAUCUCGAGCACGUACUUGAGACGGAGAACCGCUCAGAUUCUCUUAUUGAGAUGUCGAAAUGCGUAUUGCGUAGUCAUUAUGAAUCGAAGUUAAAAAACAGUCAAAACAGUAUUUGGGAAGCUUUCGGCAUACGGUUACAGCUAUUGUGGGCACUGCUUAAGAUCCAUACAUAUGAGUGGUACCUUAUCGCCAAGAACAUGUUCUCUUCUAGUAAUGUUCUAUCCUGA